AUGGGGGGUGGUAACCAGUUUCCUUCCGAUGGAGGUUCUCAUGAGAAGGUUACGUCUUCGGUACCAGGUCAGAACGACCAUCUCCACGCGGUGGUCGAUAUGGGCAGUAAUGGUAUCCGGUGCUCGAUUUCCGAUCUCACUUCGCCCACUACUCGUAUCAUCCCUACGGUCCACUUCCAUCGCGUCAAUAUCUCCCUCUACGAGGCCCAAAUCGAUCCCAAGACUGGCACUCGCAUACCCAUUGCCCAACAUGUGAUCGACCGAGUGGUUAGUGCGAUUGUUCGGUUUCAAAUCAUAUGUGUCGAGCUUGGUGUGCCAGCGUACAACAUACGCAUUAUCGCGACCGAGGCAACCCGCACGGCGAUCAACUCGGCAGCGUUCACGGGCGCAAUCUAUAAGAAAACGGGCAUCGAAGUGGAGCUUCUGCGGAAGGAAGAUGAGGGGAUCAUCGGCGCGUGGGGGAUUGCCAGUAGCUUUUCUGACGUGGAAGGACUGGCGCUAGAUCUUGGGGGUGGCAGUAUGCAAAUGACCUGGAUCAUCUCGCAUGCAGGCAACGUGCGCAUCAGUCCCCAGGGUGCGGUGAGCUUCCCUUACGGAGCGGCCGCAUUAACCCAGAAAUUAGCCGACUUGAAGCGAGGCAAGAGCGACGACGAGGCUGAAAAGGCAAAAGAAGAAUUCCGCCGCGAGAUGGCGAACAACUUCCGCACUGCCUUCGAACGCCUCGAAGUCCCCGACAGUCUUGUGAAGAAAGCACGCGAGCAGGGUGGAUUUCCUUUGUACUUGUCUGGCGGUGGGUUCCGCGGCUGGGGUUAUCUCCUGCUUUACUUGCAUCAAACCCGUGGCCAAAAUUAUCCCAUUUCCAUCAUCAACGGGUACACUGCGCCCAAGGAGGAUUUCGAGAACACCGAUGCCCUGAAGGAGGUGGCUCGCACGGCAGACGAGAUCUUCCGUGUGUCCGAUCGGCGCCGCAAACAGGUGCCUUCGGUCGCUUUCCUGGUCAACGUGCUUGCCGAAUCAUUGCCGCAUGGGAUCAAGGAGGCACAUUUCUGCCAAGGGGGCGUACGAGAGGGUGUCUUGUUCCGCCAAAUGCUACCGGUGGUCCGUCAACAAGACCCUCUAGAGGUUGCGACCGCUCGUUACGCGCCCUCGUCAGCCCAGGCGAUCGCUGCAUUGAUGCUGGCUGCUCUGCCUCGACCAACAGGUUCGCGCUCGGUUCCAUCCACAAUCAGCGUCCAUGUGGUCCAGGCAUUUGCCAAUGCCCUCUAUGUACAUGCAUCGAUGGCCAAAGAGCUCUCUUCCAGUGCAGCUUUGUAUAGUACGAGCACUGGCAUUCUCGCCUCGACACAUGGAAUUCCUCAUUCUCACCGGGCGCUUUUAGCCCUGAUGCUCCAGGAGCGCUACGGUGGAGAACUCCCACCGCGCGAUGUGGACCUCAAAUCCCAUUUGCAAGGGCUUCUCACUCCCGAGGAAGUCUGGUGGACUCGGUACCUUGGCAAGUUUGGCCUUGUUCUCGGCCAAUUGUACCUAACUGGUGCAAUUGAUACUUCUAAGCCCCGGAUCGUUCCUUCUGCGGAGUGGGUGACGGGACUAGGAAAGAAAGGGAAGAAGGAUGGGAUCAAUUUGAAGAUUUCCAUUCAAAAGGUGGCAUAUGAUCCGACUCAUUUGAAAGAGGAACUGGAGCGAGAUUUGCGGAAGCUUGAGAAGGUAGGGAAACGCAAGAACUGGAUCGGGGGGAGGGAUGGUUGGGGGGUCAAAAUUCAGGUGUCUGUGGAAGAAGAGGAUUUACUGGUCACAUAG